AUGAACAGCCUGAACCAACAGUAUGAGGAGAAGGUGCGUCCCUGCAUUGAUCUCAUUGACUCUCUUCGCUCUCUGGGAGUAGAGAAGGACCUGGCGCUGCCUGCUAUCGCCGUGAUUGGAGACCAGAGUUCGGGGAAGAGCUCCGUGCUGGAGGCGCUGUCAGGGGUGGCUCUGCCGAGAGGAAGUGGCAUUGUGACAAGAUGUCCUCUCGAACUGAAGAUGAAGAGAAAGAAAGAGGGAGAGGAUUGGUACGGAAAGAUAAGCUACCAGGACUAUGAGGAAGAGAUAGAUGACCCUGUAGAUGUGGAGGAAAUGAUCCGAGAAGCUCAGAAUGAACUGGCUGGUGAUGGGGUGGGGAUCAGUGAGGACCUCAUCAGUCUGGAGAUCGCUUCUCCAGAUGUUCCAGACCUGACGCUCAUUGACCUGCCAGGCAUCACCAGGGUGGCUGUGAAGGGACAACCAGAGAACAUUGGAGACCAGAUUAAGAGACUGAUCAAGAAGUUCAUCACAAAACAAGAAACCAUCAGCUUGGUGGUUGUUCCAUGCAACGUGGACAUAGCAACCACAGAGGCUUUGAAAAUGGCCCAGGAAGUGGAUCCUGAUGGAGAGAGGACUUUGGGUAUUUUGACUAAGCCCGAUCUGGUGGACAAAGGCACAGAGGAGACGGUGGUUAAUAUUGUCCAUAAUGAGGUCAUUCACCUGAAGAAGGGCUACAUGAUCGUCAGGUGCAGGGGUCAGCAGGAGAUCACAGAGAAGGUGUCUCUUAUUGAAGCAAUGGAAAGAGAGAAAACCUUCUUCCAAGAUCAUGCACAUUUCCAGAUUCUCUACAAUGAGGGUCAUGCCACUGUUCCAAAACUGGCUGAAAAACUCACCCUUGAGCUGGUCAAUCAUAUCCAGAAAUCUCUCCCUCGACUGGAAGAGCAGAUAGAGGAAAAACUAAUCCAGACUCAGACAGAGCUGAAUAAAUGUGGUAACGGACCCCCACCUGAGGCAUCUGAGAGAUUCAGUUUUCUCAUCGAUAGAGUGACAGCAUUUACACAGGAUGCUGUGAGCCUCAGCACAGGGGAGGAGCUCAGAUGUGGAAUCAAGCUCAAUAUCUUUUCCAUACUCAGAAAAGAGUUUACAUUGUGGAAUGAGAUCAUAGAACGCUCUGGGGUAACAUUCAACUGGAAUAUUGAGAAAGAGGUGGCUCAGUAUGAGCGAAAAUACCGUGGACGUGAGCUGCCGGGAUUUAUCAACUACAAGACCUUUGAGGGCAUGGUCAAGGAACAGAUCAAACAGCUGGAAGAACCUGCUGUCCUGCAACUCAAGGGAGUGGCAGAAAUUGUGAAGAAGGAGCUGUUCAAGGUGGCCGACAGCAGCUUUGUUGGAUUCCCAAACCUCAUCCGAACAGCCAAGAUGAAGAUUGAGGCCAUCAGAAAGGAGAAGGAGAUCACAGCAGAGACCAUGCUGAGGACUCAGUUUAAGAUGGAGUCCAUUGUUUACACGCAGGACAGCACAUACAGCGAGAAGUUAGGGAAGCGAAAGAGAGAAGACGAGUUGGCUGGUGUGAAUGGCUUCGCCAGUAAUGACAGUAAAGCCACAGUGAAGGAGAUGGUCAAACACCUUAAAUCCUACUACCAAAUUGCCGGCCAGCGCCUGGCUGACCAGGUCCCCAUGGUGAUCCGCUACCAGAUGAUGCAGGAGUCUGCCAUCCAGCUGCAGAGGGAGAUGCUGCAGAUGCUUCAGGACAAGGAGCAGACUGAGUCUCUGCUUCAAGAGGAAUUGGGCAUAAAGUCAAAGAGAGUCCAGCUUCAGAGUUGCCUCAAGCGCCUAUUAAAGGCACGCUAUCUGUUGACAGACUUUAGUAUGAACAUAUACAAUUUCAGCACAACACCACUGCAGUACAAAUCAGAUUCUUAAUAGAAGAGGUCGCUGAAUUGUUGAGACUUUUUGUCCAUUUUGAUUUCAAUGACUCCAGACUUUUAUUCCAUAUUCUCAGUUUUUCAGUCAGUGGUCUUUUUCUGAAUUGCAUGCAACAUAUAAAGUGAGACUGGAGUAAAGACUCCAAAAGUGAGGAAAAUGUUUGGUUUUUUUGAGUAGUAUAUUAUUGUUUUUGGUUGUUUUGAGCAUGUGUGCUAAAUCAGUCUGUAGCGGACAUACUUACUGUGAGCAGUAAGUAUGCUAAUAACAUUAAUUUUGUGUCUUAACACAGAAGUUAAAGUACAUAAGUUAACAACUCAAAUAAUGUUAUAUGAUUCAUUAGUGUGUAUGCAGUGAAAUAAACAAGCUAGCUAAUAAA